UUGGUGUCGUCACGCUCCUGCUCGCCGGUCGCCGCUGCUGUCACUGUUUACUUCGGGCAAUGGCGGCCGCUACGUGUGGCGGUACGCUUCGCUUCUGUAGCCUCAAGCACGGCGGGACGAAGGAGCAUCACCGCUACCAUCAUCACAACCAGCACCAACAUGUCAGGAGACGCACCGACUCCCGGCGGAGACAGGCUGCCCUCAGCUUCCUCAACAACAUCUCACUGGACGGCCGCCGGCCCGCCGAGCUCGCCAAUGGCUUCGAGCACGACCGGCCGGAGCAACGGCAGCAGCAGCAUGAGGCGGCGGUGGCAGUGGCGGCGGCGGCGGCAUCGGCCACACCGAGCAUCUCGGUGAUCGCUCACACCUCCCGGCUGGGGCCUGUAGCAGCGGCGGCGGCGGCGGCAGCAUCGGGAGGUGUGGUCGCCUCGCCGGGUGACCCGGGGCUGGGGCCGAGCGCCGGCGAGGCCGUUGCCCAGCAGCUUGCCUCGGGACCGGGGACGCCACUGCCCAGGAGCGGGCUGGGGACAACGCCGGCCGUCGGACCCCUCGGGUUGGAGAGGCAGAGAAGUAGGACUUCUUCAGGAUCUCCCCAUCAAAAAAACACAAAGAAAAUCCAUUUUAUAAAAAAUAUGCGUCAGUAUGACACAAGAAACAGCAGGAUCGUUCUCAUCUGUGCUAAAAGAUCACUGUGUUCAGCUUUUUCUAUACUGCCUUAUGGAGAAUUUAAUACUAAUAGUGACGGCAAACUGGAAGGACCAAGACAACGUAAUCCUUCUGGUGGCAUUUCAUGCCCAACAGACAUGCUGCAUGGACUUGACGGAGUUGAACUUGCUGCAGAUGGAAAGUCAGUUUCUUAUGCUCAAUUUCUUUAUCCAACCAAUGCCUUUGUUUUGCCAAAAAUAUUAACUGAGAAUUCAACUUCACAAGCGCAAGCUCGAAAUAAUCGGAGUUUUACACCAGGAAGACAUGGGCCCGCUGCAAUAUCAAUGGACUUAGGGAGUGAACCUGGAGAUUUAAUAGAAUAUGAUCCUAAUCUGCUUGAUGAUCCCCACUGGCCAUGUGGAAAACACAAACGGGUUCUAAUCUUUGCAUCUUAUAUGACAACAGUGAUUGAAUACGUAAAACCAUCUGACCUGAAAAAGGAUAUGAAUGAAACAUUCAAGGAAAAAUUUCCUCACAUUAAGCUGACACUUAGUAAGAUAAGGUCUGAAAAACGAGAAAUGCGGAACCUGGCAGAAGAAUGUAAUCUGGAACCUUGUACUGUGGCUUUGUCAUUUGUUUAUUUUGAGAAGCUUGUACUCCAAGGCAGAAUCAAUAAGCAGAACAGAAAGCUUUGCUCUGGUGCCUGCUUACUACUAGCAGCCAAAAUCAGCAGUGAUCUCAAGAAACAUGAAGUUAAACAUCUGAUCGAUAAACUGGAAGAGCGAUUAAGAUUGAACUCAAAGGAGCUGGUUUGUUUUGAGUUCACAACACUUGUGGCUUUAGAGUUUGGCCUUUACCUUCCGGAGAAAAAAGUGUUACCUCACUACAGGCGUCUUGUCCAGCAAUCCUAAUUACAUUCCUUCUGAAGAUGACACUGACUUGGAAGGAACAAGAAGUUCUUCCUUAAAAUGCUGCACUAGUUGAUGUCUUUAUUUUACUUUUCUUUAUUAACUCAAGAAACACAGUAACAAAGAAACAACUAUAAUAGUUGGCCACAAUUACUGGUGAUUCAUCCGAUUUCUUGAAGUUGAUUUGUGCCAGUUUUUCUAUUUUUUCAUUAAAGCACCUUUAUUGAUAUUUGGGUGAAACUUGUGAAGGUAUAUGUGUGUAAUGACCAGUCAUGUGCGACAUGGCUAGGGAUUGUAAUAACUACCAAAAAAUUAAUAAUAGGCAACAGCACUUUUCUAUAUGGUGACUUGUCUUCACUGUGAUAGCCUGUUCCACGCUAUUUGUUCUUCCAAGCAUUAUGCUACUGUAGUGGUAAAAGCGACUCUGCUGUUAGUUGCACAGAAGCCACCACUCUAUGUUAGAGAUUUUAAAUGAAGCACAUUUAUAGUGCUCUGCAGAUAAUAUUUGAACUAUAUUUUUUGAAUAUUUCAUUUCAGCUGUCCAUUCUGCAGUCUUCAGUAAAAUUGGAUUAUUUUUCAUAAUCUUGUUUGUGAAAUGUAAACUAAAAUAACUUGUUCCUGUUUACAUCUUCAUUCAUGUAGUUGAAUGUUACCAAUAGGUGUAAUUAAUAGGGUCUUCUAGAUUGUAGUAGUUUGGAAAAUAAUAUUGAAGACCAGCUUUCAGUUUUCCACUUUUAAGAAUGGUAAUAUUGGCAAAUAUUUAAUAUUUAAAUGUUAACCUUGUCCUUAAAGUUUAUUUAGCUUCUACAUUUUGACAUAUUGCCUUGUCUGUGAGAGUAUAAUAUUUUUGUAAUUAGAAAUGGCAAAUGCUGAAAAGACUGAGCAGGUCGGGCAGCAUUUGUGGAGUCAGGAAAGGAGAGUUAAUGUUUUAAAUUGAUGAAUCCUCAUCAGAAGUGUAGAAUAGAAAGUUAACUCUUCCUUCCUGUCUCUUAGAGUCUGUGUAUCUUGAUGACUGUUGCAGCACUUUGUUUAUUUUUUAUUUUAGAUUGCUAGCAUCUGCAAUAUUUUGCAUUUGGUCUACAUUUUGUUUAGUGGCUUCACAGUGCAAAGCCAUUUCAGGUAUUGAUAUCAGAACCAAGAGUGAGCAAACUAUGAUCACAUGAUCAGACAAAAACUGUGAAAAGAGCACAAUACUCUGCUGCUUUUGUAUUGUUAUCCGUUCUUUUUUUCAACCAGCAUGGGAACAGAAGCAAGCCAUUUGAACACUUGAGUCUGUCUGUCUGCUCAGUAGGAUCAAGGUUGAUCUGUUUAUUGUAUCCAUUCAUCCUCACAACUUCACAAAUAUCCAAGUUACAUAAAAAAGCUGGAGAAACUCAGCGGGUGCAGCAGCAUCUAUGGAGCGAUGGGCCGAGACCCUUCCAUCUACUUCCAUGUUUAAAAAACUUCAAUAACCCAGCAUCCACAACAUGUGGGAUGUGCUCCAGAAUUCUUCUUUCUAUGUAACAGUUUACAUAUAAUUGGCCUUGCUCUUAAAUUUUGGACUAUACCUUCCCACUAUGUACUUUCCCCUUCUCUUGCCUGCCUACCAGAAGAAGAUUGCACUGCAAUUAAUCUGAGAAUUCUUCAUCUUAAUCUUGAAGGAACAAAAGCCAAGUAUAUCCAAAUGAUUUCAAUGAAGCUCCAAACAAUAUCUAAUGACCAAAUAUAAUUUUUCCUACUUUUUAUACCCGAAGUACUAAUUUUGCCAUUUUAAGGUGUUUUUUAGAAAAUGCAAAGUGUAUGCUUUCAAUCUCAAUUCAACCCCAUCUCAGUUUUAACCCAACUUUUUUAACUAUGUUUUGUAACUUUAGAUUAAGCCUUCGCAUUUUUUUUCUAUUCUUUGUUUAUCUUGAUUUAACUGAAAAUACAAAUGAUUUUGCUACACGGGUGCUGCAGAUUGAAUUGGUUUAUAAAGUAAUGUGCUCUUUUAUUUAUCGACCAUGGGAAAUUAAAUUGGUUAUUUCUCUAACGGGUUGUCAUUGCUGUAGAUAAUUAAGAAGCAUAAGUGUACUUCUAAAUGAAGUAUGAACUCUCAGUUGUCUAUUUGCACAAUAUGACCAUCUUGGGGCUUAUAUGCAUAUUUUUAUUCAUUUUGUAUUAGUGGAACUGCAAUAUUUGAAGUAAAAAAUUCAAUUUUGAAUAUAA